AAAAUCAAUCGACACUAAAACAAAAACGGUUACAAUAAUUACAUUAAGGUGCUUUUAUAUCAAAGGCUCAAAGCAAUUAAUUAGAAUUUAUUUGGCAACUUCUCAAGCACGCUUUAGUCCCUCUCUCUUCUUCCUCUUAUAUAUAAGUCUUCAGAUUCUCCCAAUAAAACUAUUUGAACACUAAACAGACAUGCAGAGACACGACCUAAACUUGAGUUACAAAAAAAGGCGUUUAGAUUCUACGACAAACCCUAAAGGCGAGGGUGGUUCUACAGUCGUCCAAUCUGACUCUGCCGUGGCAAAAUUUUUGGACAAUGUCGUCUACAGAUUGUACAUCAAGGGUUUGGUGAGUGAAGAGACGGUGGUGGACGGUAAGGAGAAGACUAAGAAGGCUGGAUUUGGAGUUGCGAUUUGCGAUGAGAAGGAUAAUUUGUUGUAUGAGAUUAAGGAAUCACUUAGCGACACUGAGAUAAGCUGCUUAGAAGUAGAGAGCAAGGCAUUGAUUCGUGGGUUAAGAGAAUCCUUGGAUUUUGGGAUCCGAAACGUCAUGGUUUAUUGCGAUGACCAACAGAUUUACCAAUAUAUUAUUGGUGGAGGGAAGGUUAAGAAGAAGAUUGUCCAUCUAGUGGACGAAUUUCAACUUCUUCUAGAAGAUAUGACCUCUAAUGACGUUGAUUUGGUCGCCCCGAACGAUGUUAACUUUGCUUUUAGACUUGCAAGAGAAGCCAUAGUUUCAAGGGACGACUUGAAGGCAGAAAUAUGUGGCAUUUGUGUUAAAGAAACCGAUGCCGAGCGCAUGUUCUUUACCACCGACAAAUGCAUUCACCGUCAUUGCUAUUCUUGUGUGAAAAAGCAUGUGGAAGUGAAGCUGCUUAGUGGAACUGUUCCCACAUGCCUUGAAUAUGGAUGCAAGUUCACCCUUGAAAACUGUAACAAGUUUUUGACACCAAAGCUGAAUGAGAUGUGGAAACAAAAGAUGAAAGAAGACUCGAUUCCCGCUGCAGAGAGAAUUUAUUGCCCAUAUCCAAACUGUUCAAUGUUGAUGUCCAAAACCGAGCUCUCUAAAUUAACCGAUGAAGCGUCAGACCAAUCCAAUGUUAGGACAUGUGUCCAAUGCUAUGGACUCUUCUGCAUUGAUUGCAAAGUACCAUCGCAUUCUGAUUUGUCGUGUGCUGAUUACAAGAAACUUCACCCUGACCCUCUAAUUGAUGACUUGAAGCUAAAGUUUCUGGCAAUGGACAAAAAGUGGCGUCAGUGUGUAAAGUGUAAGAACAUGAUUGAACUUUCUUAUGGCUGCAACCACAUGACUUGCAGAUGUGGAUAUCAGUUUUGCUUCCAAUGUGGGAUUGAAUGGAAGAAGAACCAGAGGACUUGCCCUUCUGCUGGAUGCCUACAAACGAGACAUGGUGAUUAUGAUGAUGAUGACCAAGAAUAUGAUUCUGAAGAGGAUACGGGUGAUUACUCUUCCGAUGAAGAAGCUACGACACUCAGAUGGAUGAUCAGGAUGUGGAAUACAUAUACUUCUCCUGAGCAGUUUUUCAGUGAAUAAGAGAAUAGUGAUGGAAGUGAUGACAAUGGGGAGGACUAGAACAAUUAUGGAGGUUUAACUGAUUCUGGCGAUGAAGGUGGCUUUAAUGAAGACUUACUAUUCUCUUUAAUUUAUGUUUGGAUCAACACAUAGAUCUGAGUUUUUGGAACACAUUCCUUAUUUUUCUUUGGCAUUUUCUUUCUUUUAUGAUUUUUGAGAAUUUUACAGACACUAUAUAUCGUGUGUCUAGUACCAUCUUUGGGGUUUCUUUUAUUGUUCGUUUUUUUUUGUUUUACAACCUUUUUCUUAGUGUAAUUUAAAGAAUGGAAAUUAGCGGUAGCUUUUUUUUUCAUCAAACUCAAUUUUCUGAUAUCAUUUAACAAAAGGUUGGAAGCUAAAUCGCGAGUUUGGGGUAUUUAAGAAGUGUUGCAUUGGAAGGUAGUAGCUAUGUCUCAACCACAAUGGCCGGACUAUAAGUUGUACUCUCUCCGUUUCAAAUUAGUUGUCGUUUUAUGUUGUUUCACACAGUGGCGGAGCUAAGACAAACUUUUAUUGGGGUCAAAAUUAUACAAAACAAAAAAGAACACUGAAAUGCACUUGGAAAAAAAAAUUAUAAGCCCAAAUUUUAGAAAACUUUACAUUGUCUGAAUUAUUGUAUUAUGUAUUUAGAUUCAAUCUAAAGGAUCAAGUCUUUGUAGCUAGAAGAAUAUGGAUUUUCUAUCUUUUUUUUAAGUAAAUCAUGAGUUUAAGUCAAAUUUAUAGGGUUCAAUGUCAAAUCUUCA